UUCCUAGUGAAAUAUACCUUUCCAUGUCAAUGUUAUCUAUAUCUGUAUGUGUAUUCAGCUCAUCUUCUAACAAGAGGACCCGCUCCAGACAAUUUGCAUUUUCUUGAAAAUGUGGAUCAUCUCUUCUUCAAGUUAUGCAAAAAGUUCCCCCCUGAGAUCAAGGACUUUAAUCCCAGAGAGAAAAGGGGAAUUUGGAACUCGGGUGGACGAUGUGUAUACUAUGUGGGGCUGACAAGCUACUUUUGCUUCAAAAACUUCCAGUCUGGUUUUACAUACGAGGUUGUAGAUUACUUGGGAAGACUUGUACUGACGUCGACAGGGAGUCAAUGGACUUUUGGAUUCAAAGGGAAGGUUUCAGUGAAGCUGGGGAACGGAUUCCUGUUGGGGACAAUGGAACAAGAGUUAUUCAGCUCGAUUUACAACAUCAAGGAUGGCCAGGGUCGCAUCGUAUACACGAUCCAAGCUCCCUGCUACGGCCCCGCUGUCCCCUGCGUCGUCUGGUGUUUCGAAGAGGAAUUCGAGGUGUGCAUGGACGACGGGAUAUCAGAAAUUGGGCGGAUCACUCGAGGAUGGGGCGACGACUUCCCAGACUUUGAUGGUGACCUGGGAUUAGAAUUUGAAACCUCGGACGACAAUCGCGUCAAGGCCUUGUUGCUCGGAGUCUUCUUCCUCAUUGAAUUUCAAUAUUUUAAGUAUGGUGGGAAUGGGGUUGCCUACUUUUUCUUCAUGCUUGUCUUUAUCUUGGUCAUUUCUUUCGUGCUUUCCAAUGGGUUUGGAUUUUUUCCACAGUUUAAUAGUCCGAUAAUUCCAGACGAGACUACCGAAACAUAAUAAUUUGCUUUAGUUUAGAUUUUUGAUUGUUAUUUCUUUAAAUAAUGCAUGUAAAAAGUAGCAGUUAAGCUGGAAAAUUGAGUCACAUUUCUUAAAGGUUUAGUUAUAAAAAAUAUUAUAAAAGACCCAUUGGAUAUACUCUAUUUAAACAUUCCAACGGAAUUACCACAAAUCUACAUGUUACAAAUUGAUUAAGUAGUAAUAUACUAAUAAUUCACUAUUUGUACUAUACAAGAUUCUGUAAAAGACUAUAGUUUCCAAAGAGAAACUAGACUUUCGGCAGAGGAAAGCAAUUAAAAAUAAUAAAUGUUUUGCUGUACUGUUUCGAAAUGCAAAUUUUG